AUGACGAUUCCCGCGUGCCUGCUGAGCAUCGCAUUCGUCGCGAGCUACACUGUCAUCGCCCUCCAGUUCAACAAAGUCGUGAAAGAUAAAAAAAAGCUAAAGGUAGUAAAAGAACUUUUGAGAAUUGUUACAAUAACACCAAUAGAAGUUAAAGCCUUUGGUGGUAUAGAUGUCAACAUGACGCUCAUUCCGACGUGCCUCGCCGUCGUCGGAUGCUACUGUCGUAGCUCUCCAGUUCAACAAUGUCGUAUAAAGCGUGGCGACGUGAGAGCCACGCAACGCGACGACGUUCUCCGGGAGGAAGUAAGGAUAGUAACUCUCGCCAGAGUGAUAAGUUUUAUGCGUAUACAUAUCGAAUGCAACUUUAUUUACUAUAUAUUUCAUACUUUAUCUGAACAACUGCAAUGCAUUAUAAGAUCUGCUAUUAGAAGCAAAUUAUAUUAUUGUGAAAAUAGCGAUGAAAUGAUUAAUUUAGAGAAAUGGCGCCAAUACUACACAAAUGUAAAAAAAAGCAAAGAGUUAUUUGAUGAAAUUUAUGGUAUACAGAUUUUGAUAAAUUUAGAUCAAAAGAAGCUCAGGACAGUAAAACGGCUAUUAAGAAUAGUUUCAUCGCGACCAAUAAAAGUGAAAACCUUUGGCAGUAUUGACAUCAACAUGACGCUGGUUCCCGCGUGCCUCACCCUCGUCGCGAGCUACACUGUCAUCCUUCUCCAGUUCAACAACGUCGUGUAA